AUGAGCGGAUCGAAAGAAGAGAAGAAGACUCAAUCGACCGGAUUUCUUCCACAAGGUAAGUACUUGAAACCUGAGGAAAUCGAAUAUGAAUUUGGUGGCACAGCAGGUGUGCUGGGUAUGCUAAUUGGCUUCCCAUUGUUAAUGUAUUACAUGUGGAUAUGUGCUGAAUUUUAUGGUGGUAGAAUUGCGUUACCAGCUCAGAACGAAACUUGGGCCCAAUUCAUCGGCAAACUUUACCAUAUAUUCUGUGACAAUGCUAUCCCAGAAAAGUAUGAUCUCGUUAUCUUCUUUACUUUUUGGGCUUUCCAAAUCUUCUUCUAUUACACUCUGCCAGGUGUUUGGACCAAAGGUCAACCAUUGACCCACUUGAAGAACAAGCAACUACCUUACUACUGUAAUGCUAUGUGGACAUUAUAUACCUCUACUGCAUUAGUUGUUUUGCUACAUGUUACUGGUGUAUUUAAGUUAUACACCAUUAUCGACAGAUUUGGAAGAAUAAUGACUUGUGCCAUUGCAUCUGGCUUUGCCUUUUCCAUUGGUCUUUACAUCUGGACUCUAUUUGUUACCCAUGACUACCAUAGAAUGACUGGUAACCAUCUUUAUGAUUUCUUUAUGGGAGCUCCAUUGAACCCUAGAUGGGGUAUCCUUGACUUGAAGAUGUUCUUCGAAGUUAGACUACCAUGGUUUACUCUAUAUUUUAUCACUUUAGGUGCUUGUUUCAAGCAAUAUGAAACAUAUGGCUAUGUCACCCCUCAAUUAGGUGUCGUCAUGUUAGCCCACUGGCUGUACGCUAACGCUUGUGCUAAGGGUGAAGAAUUAAUCGUGCCAACUUGGGAUAUGGCUUACGAAAAAUUCGGGUUUAUGUUAAUUUUCUGGAAUAUCGCAGGUGUUCCAUACACAUACUGCCACUGUACUUUGUACUUAUACUACCAUAAUCCAUCUGAAUAUAACUGGUCAUGGCAAUACAACCUAUCUUUAUACGUGGUCCUUCUAACAGCUUACUAUUUCUUUGACACCACCAAUGGUCAAAAGAACUCCUUCAGAAAACAAAUGUCUGGCGAUAAGACUGUCAGAAAGACCUUCCCAUUUUUGCCAUACCAAGUGUUAAAGGAUCCAAAGUACAUGGUCACUUCCAAUGGAUCAUAUUUGCUAAUUGACGGUUGGUACAGAUAUGCCAGAAAGAUUCAUUAUACUGCUGACUGGACCCAAUCUUUGAUCUGGGCUAUGUCUUGUGGUUUUAACUCUUUCUUCCCAUGGUUCUUCCCAAUUUUCUUCUUUGUUGUAUUGAUUCACAGAGCUCUAAGAGAUCAAGCUAAGUGUGAGAAGAAGUACGGCAAGGACUGGGUUGAAUACUGCAAGCAUUGUCCAUAUUUGUUCAUUCCAUACGUUUUCUAG